AUGUCUCAUCACUUUACUAUUAAAGAUGCCAUCACCAAGGUCAAAGACAAUAUUGAACAUUUUGGAGAAAAAGAAUGGCAGAAUUGGGAUGGAAAUCAGAGGUGUACACCUGAUGAAAUAUUCAGACCUGUUAAUUUACAUGAUUUAAAGCAUAUUGUAAAAAAAGCGAGAAAUAAUAAAAAGAAAAUUCGUUGCGCAGCCGCUGGUCAUACUUGGAGUAGCCUUAGCAUUACUAAUGGAUAUUUGGUAAUAGUUACAAAUUUAAAUGAUAUUGAGAUUAAUUAUAAUGAAAAGCUAAAAACUUGGACUGUAACCACUGAAGCAGGUGUAUAUCUUAAAGAUCUCGACAUAGCAUUAAGGAAGCAUAACCCUCCAUUAGCAAUGAAUUCUGCAACUGUAUUGAACACUGCGACGACCUCCGGCAUUGUAUCGACCGGUUGCCAUGGUGCAAGAUGCGAAAAUUCAACUAUUUCAGAUAGAGUAAUUUCUUUUCAGAUUCUAACAUAUAAUGGUGAACUUGAAGAGUUUUCUGAUCAGAAAAAUCCUAUUGAAAUGAGUCUCUUUGGAAUUAUAUAUAAGCUCACUUUUCAAGUCGAACCAAUGUAUAAUUUAUUAAUGAAAGAUAUCCUUCCAAACAUUUCGGAUUAUUGGAAAAAGGAAAAUCUAAAAAAUGAUGUAUUGAAUUCUGAUAGUGUUGAAAUAUUUUAUUGGCCAUUCAAUACAGCUAGCCUUGAAGAAAAGAAUGACAGGCUUUGGGUAAAAACCUGGAAGAGAACCAAUUCAAAGGUUACAGAGGAUCAGAUAGAAGUGAAAUUGAUAUCGGCCUUCCAAAAUUUUGAACUCAAAUUUGCGGAUAAUCUUUAUAAAUACAUUGCUAACAAUCCGGAAUCUACUCCGUUCUUUACUAAUCUUCUUUUUAAUCUUGGAGUUCAUGAAAGUGAAAAGGUUUUGCAAGCACCUGAUGCAAUUCAUUACCAAACAGGUAUCGAUAAUAUUCCUUGCAUGGACGUUGAGUUUGCCUUCAAGGUCAAUGAUGAUUUUUCAAAUGUUAUCGACGAAUUCAAUUAUAUUAUUAAGCGGGUUUAUGAAUUAGCUGCAGAUAAAAAGUAUCCAAUAAAUCUUGCAGCAGAGUUUCGAAUCAACAAGGCAUCCCAAAGUCUGUUUGCUUCUACAUAUGAUAAAGAUCCAAAUGCGUAUUAUUGCCUACUUGAAAUUUUGUCUGUCAACGGUACACAAGAUUACCACGAUUUUUCAAUUGAACUAGCUGAAAGAUGGAUGGAGAAAUAUGAUGCUCAACCACAUUGGGGUAAAUUGUGGGAGCACAUACCAGGAAUCAUUCCACAUGUACGUAAACACAUCGGAAGCCGUCUGGAAAUAUUUGAAAAAAUCAGGGCGAAAUAUGAUCCCGAUGAAUAUUUCUUCGAUAAUAAGUCUUUGAGACAGAUUCUUGAUAUUCAACAUAUACCAGUUCUUGUUUUUACUAGUGCAUGCACUUAUAUUCUGAAAAAUAUUUCUGAAGAUAGUGAUAGUGCACCAAAAUCUGAGUUAGAGCAAAAACUGGAUUUUUACAGGAAAAAAGCUGUAGUUCCAAAUACAAUAUGUAAAUUUAUUGCACAAAUAACAAAAAAGGAUGGAGGUGAAUAUAAGGCAAAGACUAUUAAACAGGCUAUCAAUAGUAAAAUGAAAGAUUUACAAGAAAAAAGACUAGGCAAAAAGAAUGGAUCAAUAGCUUUAAUAGUUCAACAA